UCUUCUGUUAAAGGAUGUUAGCUAGCCAGGGAAAGGCUUCUGCCCAAGAGCGGCUGUCAGCCAGAGUAGGGCAAAGUGAGCCAGGGGUAUGACUUGGUAGAAGGCAGCUGCAUUGGUAUGUUCAGCAGAUAGAGCCUGGCCAUUGCACUCCCUUCUGAAGCGUAGUUGGUGAGGGCUGUCUUGCCAGUGCUAUGCAAUAUAUUCCUCUUCAUCCCUUGCUUGUUUCCUUGGGUGGACCACCUCACCCACAAUCCCAGGCUACACCCCAGCUGGUUAACCUAGGCAGAAAGGGGAGGCAAUUUCUAUCAGGGCUAUGGGCCAUCCUCAUUUCCAGAUUCCUGCUUUAUUUCCUCUCUUUCAGGUCAUCCCAGAAAUCUGACCCAUGUUGCUCCAUGUCCUGGGGGACCCAUGUUGCACCAUGUUCUGGGGGACCCUCUGGGGGAAGAGCCCAAUGAGGCAACCUUGGUACCAGGACCCCUUCCAGGACUUCAUGUCCCCACUGACAUUCUGGGGAAAGAGCUCAAGGAGGAAACCUCAGUGCUAGGAUCCCUUCCAGAACCUCGCGUCCCCACAGAUAUUCUGGAGGCUCAACGAGGCAACUUCAGUGCCAGGAUCCCUUUCAGGACCUCUCAUUUGCACUGAUAUUCUCGAGGAAACGCUCAAAGAGGAAACCUCGAUGCCAGGAUCCCUUCUAGGACCUCACAUCACCAAUGACAUUCUGGGGGAAGAGGUCAAUGAGGAAACCUCAGUGCCAGGUCCUUCCAUCCCCACUGGCACUCCAAAGGAAGAAGCUUUUGUGUCAGAGCCCUUACCAGAGCCUUCCAUCGCUGACAAUGAUCUUGCACAAGAAAUAGAAAUCCUCACAGGAUUACAGGAUGACUAUGUCCAGCGGCAAAUGAGGGUUCGCCGCAUUUCCCAGCAGUUCCCUCGUUCUCUCCGGGCCAUCAACCUGCAAAUUGGACACGCACAUACAAGGCUCAUCCGCAGUGAAGUUCGGCUGCAGCGGUGGGGAAAGGAAGGUGACCAAGCUCUGAUGCCUGUAAUUCAGACAGCUUCUCGUGAUGUUCCUGAAGGCCCUGCUGCAUGUCUCCGCCCGCCUGGGUCCGGUUCAUCAUUAUCUUCUGCCUCGCUGGAAGUUGGCUCCAUCCCACCCUCCGCCUCCACCUCUUCUUUCCUCCUGCAUCCCUCUCCCCCUCCUCCUCCAUCCCCACCUCCUCUAGAGCCGGACCUCAGCAAUGUGAAGGAAACUUUCCAGAGUUUGAUGGAUUUGCAGUUCCAUCAGCUGAAUGACCGCCAAAGAGACCUCCGCAGCUGCCAGGAAUGUGUGCAAAACAUCAAGGCACUGAGGGGACAGCUCCGGAGACUGCGGAGCAGACUAGAAAGUGUGGAAGCCACUAUUGGGAUCCUGGUUCCUCCAAGGGAGCUGUAUGUUGAGGAGGAAAAAGAGGAAGACCAAAACCAGCAAUAAAAUGCUGCAUAUUUAUUUAAAAAAUAUUAAACAUUUGUUUUAAUAGGAUGGGAUGUAGAGAUAAAACAGCAAUAGAACAUGCAUAUUUACUGCUUAAAAAUUAAAAAGUUGAUUUUAAAGAAAAUAAAGUUGUCUUACUUUGAAUAUUCUUUGGGCAGAGUUGGGUAAAAAUGUCUUUGGGUCAAACCCAGCCACAGAAAAGGCUCUAUGGCCAGUCCACUUGGGGCCAA